AUGCGAUACAUCAAGUUCUUGACAACAUUCGUGUUAUCUCUCAUGAAGUCACUUGAUAUUCGCUCGGAACCUGCGGUGCGAUUACUGGCCGAAUUCCUCGAUUUGGAUAGCGGCGGCGAGCGCCUGAACGCGGAGCAUUUUGCACACGAACUAUAUUCCUACCUUCGCUCUCCUUACCGCGACUUGGCCGUAUAUGACACAGUUGUCCAGUAUGAUGUUCCGGAGAACGUGCCGGCUCCAGCAGUUCUGCCUCAACGGGCUCGACGGUGGAGAUCGCGGUCGCGCUCAUUCUCUCGUCCUCGUUCUCGUUCUCGGUCUCGGUCUCGGUCGCAUUCCCGGCCACGCUCCAUAUCCCGAGGCCCUUCUCGUUCGCUCUCGGGCGAAAGCACUCGCCUUAUGUCCCCGUCCCGCAGUCUAACCCCCGCCUCGCGCUCUCCCUCUCCAUACCCGCGGUCAUCUCGCUUAUAUCCCAUCUCGCCUCAUGGGCGUAAGGACCAUACGUCGUCUCAUCGGCAAGCAGGUGAAGAGAGGGAAACGCAUUCCCCUCGUCAUCUGGACCGACAUUCUCGUGAGAGGCUACCGUCUCGUCGUAAUUCUAAUAGCAGAGAAGGCGGUAGGGAAGGACGUGUUCGUCCCCCGACUAGAGACCGUAAUCUUGAUUACAGCCAUAAGGGCAAAGGUCGUGAGGAGCGAAUAUCGCGAAGCAGACCUGGCGAUGAUCGUGCACGCCGCAAAAGCCGACCUUUAUCCCCCAGGCGACAGCAGUCAUCUACGAACACAUAUCGCGACCACGCACAUGUGUCUACUGCGCACAUUAAUGACGUAGCAACAGCCUCCCUUGCGUUGAAGGACAGUGAUGAUGUACAACCGAAUACCCCGGCGCUAGAUACACAUGCAGCGGCAUCUCCCUCCGGAGAACCUCCCACAGAGCGGCCUCAACGUUCGCUUAAUGAUGCGUCUUCUGGCGAUGCGGUGUGCGUGAAGAAGUCACAGCGGAGGACAGUCCCAGCUCAGUCGAAUAGACGCAGUCUGGUGGAGUCGGUGCAAAUGCACCUAUCCAUACGUGGUGCCUCUGGAGGCCACGACAAAUUACAGGGAUAUCGUGGGCAGUCAUCCACAUCGUCUGUGCCGAAUGAACAAGGGGCUAUUAGCUCUCGUAAAGGACGCCUGCCUGGAGAAGCUGCUCUCAGUUCGAGGGUCCCCUCGUUGCUCCUGCGGCUAUCCGAUCCUACCCCCACCAUGACUGAGUCUACUUCUCGCGAAGAGCCUGCUCCACAACGUGCUUCCGCCGGAGCCGCGCGCAAUUCAGCAACUGGCUUGCAAGCAUCUUCGGUCCUCCCCCCGGAACCCGAGACCGCUCGAGCCAAAGAUAGUCUGGUUAAACGCAAUUUUCGUUUGUCAGACUCUGAUCUGACCGCUGCCGGCCCACGAAGUCUUUCCCAAUGCGUCGAUGAGGAAGCCAGUCCUCUGCAGCCACCAAAGGUCAAGCCGGAUGGUUGUGUCACGCCGCUGGCCUCGAGCGAUCUACGUGCGGCUCUGCUUAGCAAACUCGCCCACGAGAAGCGCAUCAGUAGUCAUACGGCCGCCAUGGACGACGUCGGGUCUCAAUCUAACCCUGAAAACGCAGAUUCAGCCGUUACUAUGCGACCGGCCACUGCCUUCAGUGUCCAGGAGACUACCAACUCAGUCGGGCCGUUGGAAUCGGCUGCUUCUCAGGAAGGCAGGCUUCGUAGCCAGGCACGACUGCGGAUUCGCCUUGCAGCUGCCAGGAAGGCUGCUCUCAGCAGUGCUGUGGAACAUGACAAUGCCAACGAUGACAUUGUUCCAACCUCAUUAGAAGCUAUCGGGGCUGAUGAUAGUCUUAUGGAGAAAGAGGAGCUGCUGAGAGCCAGGUUGAUAGGCAGGCAGACGUAA